AUGCCGGCAUUGCCCCCUGUCUGCCGAAGGUCUACUUUUGAUUCAAAGAUGGCCAUAUUUUUGCUGAGUCCUCACAUGGUGGAAGAGAACCUCAGAGCGCUGCGGAGAGUCGGACGCAGGGCGCGCAGCUUCCAGGCUGAGGUCGCCGGGCAGGCGGGGUCCCGACGCCGGUCUGCUACGGGCGGGAAGGCCGGCUCCUCCCCGCUGCGGAGCGCGUCCCGGCGAGGCUUGGCCCGGACGGAGCCAGGAGGUGAGCCGCGGCCGGCCAGACCCAGUACGGGAGCAGGCCUGCGAGACGGCGGGGCCUCUGUGGCGCGGGCGGCCCCGGCCUGUCACCUGCUCGCCCGCAGUCCGAGACUGCGCUGUCCCGGGGCCUCGGUCGGGCCGUGCGGCGGCGUCAGGCUUCCUGACAAGCGGUGCUGGCUCCGUGCAGAGCCGGGACCGGAGCUCGGGUCUUGGUCUCUGUGCUGGGUCCUCUCCAUGUCCUGGUGUCCCCAGACAGGAUCCCGGGAGCGCCCAAAGACGAACUUCAGCCCACCGCAUCCACCGCCGCCGAGAUCCUUGACUGGGCAUGGAAGAGCACCAGGAUGGGCCUCGGGUUAUCAGGGAAUCUGCGCUCAGAGGGAGCACAGGCUCAGGGUGAAAGAGCUACUUUCUGGAGACCACAGCCAUCCAGGGGGAAGAGUCCAGAAAGAGAACAUAGCUAAUAAGCAGAAGGAAGCAAGGGCUCAGGUGGCAGUGAACUUCGAGGAUUUGGCUGUGUUCUUUACUCAGGAGGAGCGGAGGAAGCUGGAUGCUCUGCAGAGAAGCUUGUACCGGGACGUGAUGCUGAAGAACUGCAGGAACCUGGCUUCCUUGCAAGAAGAGGAUCCCUGGAAGGUUGAGAAAGAAAACCCUGGAGGCCCCUCUCUCGCAUGGAAGAGCAGUCAUAAAACCAUGAAGUCAACUCAAACACAAGACUCUUCGUUUCAGGACCUGAUAAUGAAAAACCUCAAAAGGAAUGGACCCUGGGACUUGAAAUCAGAAAAACUUUGUAUAUAUGAAGACAAAUUCAAGAAGAAGCCAGAUAAAAAGGAAAUCAUGACUGUAGAAAGAAGCCGUAAAAAUUCUGAAUCCAGCCAAAAUUUCAGCUCAAAGUCAGUUGUUCCCAGAGAGAAAACACCACCAAAAUGUGAAAAGCAAGGAAAUAUUUUCAAACAGAAUUCAAAUUUACCUACUCAACUGAAAAUCACAGCAGAGAAACACUGUCAAUUUAAUAUGUGUGACAAAACCUUCAUGAACACUUUGUCCCUUAGAAAGCAUGAGAAAAACCAUAGUGGAGAGAAAUUAUUUAAAUGUAAGGAAUGUUUAAAAGCCUUUAGCCAAAGUUCAGCUCUUAUUCAAUAUCAAAUAAUUCAUACUGGAGAGAAGCCCUACGUAUGUAAAGAGUGUGGGAAAGCCUUCACUCUCAGUACAUCCCUUUAUAAACAUUUAAGAAUCCACACUGUAGAAAAAUCCUAUAGGUGUAAGGAAUGUGGUAAAGCCUUCAGCGGAAGGUCGAGCCUUUUCAUACAUCAGAAAAUCCAUACCGGAGAAAACCCUUGUAAAUAUAAUCCAGAUAGGAAGGCAUCUAGUUGCAACACAGCCCUUCCUGGUCAAAGAAUUUAUUCCAGAAAAAAUUCUUAUUUAUGUAAUGAGUGUGGUAACACCUUUAAGUCCAGCUCAUCUGUUUGUUAUCAUCAGAGAAUUCAUACUGGAGAGAAGCCUUUCAAAUGUAGUGAAUGUGGGAAAGUCUUCAGUCAGAGUGCCUCACUCAUUCAACAUGAAUGAAUUCACACUGGAGAAAAGCCCUACAGGUGUAAUGAACAUGGAAGAGGCUUCACUUCUAUUUCAUGACCCAAUAGACAUCGAAUAAUUCAAACUGGAGAGAAAUUUUAUAAUUGUAAUGAAUGUGGCAAAGCCUAAAAUUCCCAUUCAAUCCUUACUAUUCAUGAUAAAAUUCAUACUGGAGAGAAACCACAUAAAUGUAAGGUGUGUGGGAAAACAUUCAGGUGUAACUCAUCCCUUAGUAAUCAUCAAAGCAUUCAUACUGGAGAGAAACCUUAUCAGUGUGAGGAAUGUGGGAUGUCAUUUGGCCAUUUGUCAGCUCUUAUUCAACACCGAAGGAUUCAUAUAGGAGAGAAACCCUUUAAAUGUAAAACAUAUGGGAAAACUUUUAAUCAGAGCUCCUCACGUAUUGCACAUCAGAGAAUUCAUACAGGAGAAAAGUCCUAUGAAUGUAACACAUAUGGAAAUUUUUUCAACUACAGGUCAUCCCUUACUAAUCGUUAUAAAAUUCAUGGAAGAGGACCCCUAGAAAGUAGAUUUGCAUGUGUAAAAGUCUAA